GUUUUGCAAUCUCUCUCAUCUCAUCGCCGCCGUCUUCAGCUGUAGCAGCGAGGAAGGGAUUCCGACGAGUCGAUCUAAAACCUAAUUAAUCAUGUCGCUCGUUUCAAAUGAAGAAUUUCAGCAUAUUCUCCGUGUGCAAAAUACUAAUGUCGACGGUAAACAAAAGAUUAUGUUUGCGCUGACCUCGAUUAAAGGUAUCGGUCGUCGAUUUUCGAACAUCGUCUGCAAGAAGGCUGAUGUCGACACGAACAAAAGAGCUGGUGAGCUUUCAAAUGCAGAGAUUGAUAAUCUGAUGACAAUUGUAGCAAAUCCUCGCCAGUUCAAGAUCCCAGAUUGGUUUCUGAACAGGAAGAAGGAUUACAAGGAUGGAAAGUUCUCUCAAGUGACCUCCAAUGGACUUGACAUGAAGCUGAGGGAUGACUUGGAGAGGCUGAAGAAGAUCAGGAACCAUCGAGGUCUUCGUCAUUACUGGGGCCUAAGAGUUCGCGGGCAGCAUACCAAAACCACUGGCCGAAGGGGUAAGACUGUUGGUGUCUCGAAAAAGAGAUAAACUUGUUAUUUCAAUCAAAAUUUUGAUCAUUAUAUUUUUGGAUUGGCUUGUUCUUCUUCCAUUGUUUAUUUGAACCAAUUUUCAUUAACAUGAAACUAGAUAAGCAUUUUUCAAAUUAUUAUUAGUGAGUUUUUUAGACCUUGGUUAUUGUACAACAUAUGGUAAUGUUACAUAUGCUAGAUUUCCAUGUAUUUGAUUUCAUUUGUAGUUUUUAUCUAUCAUUUUUUGGU